AUGUUGUUGAUUUUCUUGUUUCUCUUUGGCUUACAAGCCUGUUCCGCUGGACGUCUGCAAAUCAUCUUACCGGACGAUGCACCGCCACUUGACUUAGAAAAUUCAGAAUUCGAUUCCAAGUCUUUGUUGAAUUUUAACAAGCAAGUAUUUGGAAUCGGAAGUAGUAGCGAUUUUGGUCAAAAGCUAUCGUCUAGUACGUUGUUUGAAAAACCGAAGGCCUUGAUGGUGAUCAGUGUCCAUGGCUUGAAUGAUUUCAAUUAUGAUGGUCGUACCUUCAACUUUACCGACAAAUUCGAUUUGCUGGAAAUUAAGGAUAGCUUGGAAAAACUCUUCGGGGAUAGCAUGUAUCAUGCUGAAGUGAACUCCUCGGGCAUUUUCGGUUCACCUAAUUUCAAGAGAGAGUCCCCUUCUGAUGACGAAAUCGAGAUCGAACCAAAUUACCAAGACAUUCAAAACAUGGAUAAACUGACGGCAAUUAUUCGGGUAAAAGAUCGAAAACAAGCCAACGUCAUCGACUAUUACCGCAUUCAUCUCGACGUUUCCAACGCACGGACUGAUAUGGAAAAGAAUCAGCUCGCCGAAAAUAUCAAGCGAGGCAUCGACUCGCUGCAAGAAGCCAUCAAAAAUGUCACAAAUGGAAACGUAGUUGCAGAGAUUUAUACACACGAAAGUCCUGUGAAAGAGGCCGAGAAAAUUCGAAUCAAAGCGCUGCACAAGAAGUUUCAAGUCACUCAACCGAGAUAUAUCGAUCACCCGGCCACAUUUGCAAUCGCUAUGCUGGUCUGCAUAGUCAUUUUUUUCUCACUCCUAUCCAUGGUUUGGUUUAUGUCGGACGAAAGUGAGAUGGGAAAGAAUUCGCUCGUUUAUCGUCUUUCAACUUCCAGACCGAAAAAGGACUAA